CGUUCGGGUACUUUCCGUCUCGUUUUUAAGGGCAUUAUUUUUUUUUUCGUGAAAGGAAGGAAUACAAAGGAACCAACGUAAAAUAAAACAAGAAAAUAAGGGAAGAAAGACUACUGAAAUCUAUGCUUUAUAAAUAAAGAAAUUUAAGUGCAAAUAACCGGUAGUUGGUACUUCACGCUGACAAGACCAAAGUCGACCUACUAAGCCCUGAAUGACGCGCGGUUUGAAUUGGUUCGAUUUUAAAUGUGCUGCUACUGAUGGAAAUGGAAACCAAGCCUGAGUACAUGUGAAAACAAAGAAAAUCAGAUAAAAUAAAAUAACUGUGAGAGCUGGUGAAGUGUGUUAGUAAUUAGCUUUUCCGACUUUUUGAACAUUUUGAAUAUUUUCACCAUACAAAACUAUACCCCAAUCAUAAAUGAUAAAAUGAGUACCGUCAAUUUAUCAAUAUUGGCCACGUUCGACGACUUGCGUCGCUGCAUACAAGUCUUAACCGAAGGCACAGCCGAGGAAGAGCUCUUGAAAAUUCUACAGCUGCAGAAGAAAAUGCAGCUGGAAUGCCUUUCUAGGGCCCAAGAAGCACAACGCAUACAAAAGGAAUUGGACGCAUCGUUGCAAUCAAUGGCAGAUUUGGAGACAAAAUUGUUUCAUGCCCGUCGUUUGUUGGAAAUGGAAAGUAAGGCGCGCAAAGAAGCUGAAUAUGACCGAGAUCAAAUGGAGAAAAAGCUGGUUGCAGUGGCUGACCUAUUGCAACAUGAAAAUAAUCUAAAAAACGAGACCAGAGAUAAAUUGGGGUUUCUGCAUACUUUGCCACGAAAACGGAAAUCUGUUAACCGCAACUUAGAGGAAAAAUAUGGCAACGAAAUUAAUUCUACGGGCAGUUUUCUGUCGGAUCUAUCUAUAACACAGUCGGAAGACGAUUUCUUGGACGAUCGUCCAUCUCGAACUUGGCAUAAAAAUAGACACUCGGCGGCAAAUAAUGGUGCAGCUUUUGGUAAUAAAAGAACUCGUUUGUGCGAUGAUAAUGCUAACACCCCUCCAGUUCUGCAGCAACCCGUUAGGCGUUCUACAAGGCGUAGUAAGUCUAACAAUAAUCAACAACACCAUCUGGUCGAUGUCGUCAAUGGCUCGGAACGUAUUUGUGCCACCACUAAAGUUUCUAUACCACAAGAUGGCAGCGGAGCCAUACGUGCCGAGUCCACAAUAGAAACAGUUCCUGUAAUAGUACACAAGGAAGAUUCGCCCGUUGAAGAAAUUCAAUCGUCUACACCAUGCAGAUCACCAUUAAAGCAACACAAUUUUCAUGGUGUGGUGAACAGUGCAGACUCUCCAAUGGCACAGAAUAUAAAAUCGACAGGAACUUUAAAACGUUCGCACAAUUUCGUGAGCAAAACUUUUAUUAGAGGAGAGACCUGUGUACAUUGCUCAAGAAAAAUUCGUUUUGGUUCGGUUGGCCUACGUUGCCGCGAUUGUCCAAUUAGAUGCCACACCGAUUGCCGUCCUUCCGUUACAGUUUCUUGUGUUCCUUCUACAGGUACGCCCACCAUAAAGGGUCUAAUGGGUCAUAUUGCCGAUUAUGCACCUUCUGUGGCGCCAUUUGUCCCGGCUCUUAUUGUACACUGUGUCAAUGAAAUAGAAGCUCGGGGUCUCACCGAAGUGGGUAUAUACCGUGUAUCUGGUUCUGAAAGAGAAGUCAAGGCAUUGAAGGAACGAUUCCUAAGGGGCAAGUCUCCGCCUCAAUUAGCCAACAUUGAGGUCCAUGUUCUGUGUGGCUGCAUCAAAGAUUUUCUUCGCUCUCUGAGAGAGCCUCUAAUACCAACAAAUCUGUGGAAAGAUUUCUGCAAUGCCGUACAAAAUCCAUCCGAGGAGGAUAUACAAAAAGAUCUAUACAAGGCUAUAGAUGCUUUGCCCCAACCGAAUCGUGACACAUUGGCAUUCUUAAUUUUACAUUUUCAACGUAUAGCGGAGUGCCGUGAAGUCUUAAUGCCGUUGGACAAUAUCGCCAGGGUAUUUGGACCUACUAUAGUGGGCUAUUCAUCUCCCGAUCCAGAUCAACAUGCCAUCUUUACCGAAGUCUAUACCCAAUAUACGGUUAUGUUGCAAUUAUUAAAAAUACCAAGGGUGUUUUGGGUUCAAUUUGUGCCUCAGAUCGAGGACAAAGAAAACAAACACAAUACGGCUAACAUAAAGGAAACCCCCAGUAAUAAUAAGGAAUCAAUUUAUUCUUUAUACGCAACACCUCUAAAAUCAACACUCAAAAAGCGGCGUCUCUACGGCAGUCCUCCUUAUCCAAAAGAUUAGUUAAAAUAACCGCAUUUUUGUUAUAUUUAUAAAUAACCAUAUUUUUCUAUAUACCUAUAUCUAUAUUGUAAAAUGUUUAUUUCAUAUUAUUAUAAUCUUAUGUAUUGGUUCAGGGGUUCUUCUUAGUUCAGAAUUAAACUAAUUGCGUUUUUAAGGAGAAGUUAUUAAUUUGAGUUUGUUGUAUGAAAAUGAAAUCACCAUUUAUUUUUUUACAAAUCUUACUGUCGUA